UUACUACAGAAGGUGCUUUAAAGCAAGCUUUCAUCCAUCUGGGUGUUACAUUCAUCACAAGUCACCUUGUUGAGGAGACUGCAUGUGUUGAAAUACCAUUCCUUGGAAGACACAACAUACAGAUUCAUUAUGUAUUUUUUAGAUAGAUUGUUACAUGUGUCUUCCCAUGGACCAUUCCUGUACUACCUCAUGGACUGUUGGGCGAUUGUUUAACCAGAAGAUGGGUAGCAGUCAGCAGUUCUCACUCAGGUGGAAUAAUUACCUGAACCACAUAACUGGUGCCUUUGACACAUUGAGAAAUGAUGAUGAGUUGGUGGACGUAACACUGAGCUGUGAAGGCAAGCGCAUUAAGGCUCACAAGAUGUUGCUGUCUGUCUGCAGUACUUAUUUUAGAGAUCUGUUCAAGGAAAAUCCUUGCCAGCAUCCUGUGAUAAUUUUUCGCAAUGUCAAAUUUGAAGACCUGGUGGCUCUGAUAGACUUCAUGUACCAUGGAGAGGUGAAUGUGAUGCAGGAGCAGCUCACUUCCUUUCUGACAACAGCAGAACUGUUGGCAGUGCAGGGCCUCUCUGAGGAUAAGGGCAAGGAGAAGGAGAGGGACAGUAGUCCACUGCCAGAGAGUGAGGUGGACUUGACGGACUCUCCUCCACCACCACCGCCACCACCACCAGUUCAUGAGACUGAAGCCUCUGUCAGUAACAGUGGCCAUAUUGGGCUCUUGCGACACAACAGGCAGCGUACGUCGUCUCCGCGAAGUCCCCCUCAGGCUCCGGCCUUUUUUCCCACCACCUCUAAUAUAGAACGACGCCCGGAGUCACCACCUAAUAAACGCCGCCGUUGGUCAUCUACUCAGCAGCCAAUCGCAAAACCUGCUGCAGUGUCUGUGACCAGUAGGAAAUGUGACGAUGAGGGAAGUGGGUCCCCACCACCACCACCUUCUCCAGCCAGAAGGCCAGUUACGGAUCAGACCCCAGACACCACUGAAAUUGUGCCACCCACGCCAAACCCUCCCGUCAAAAUGGAAAUGCCCGAUUAUGUUGAUGAAUCUCGGACUCGUGCUGAUCAGGGUCAGAUGCCCAGUGGAACAGCUGUCGAAAAUGACUCUCUUGCGAGCAUGGCACAACUUGUUGCUGCAAAAACUGAGGGUGCUUCAUCACCAACACAAGGAGUGAGUUCGGCUCCGCCUGAUUUGUCAGAUCUUUACGGAGGGAGCUCGCGGGAUGCGGGGGCCACUUCGGACAGCUUAUCUGCUGUUGAACUGUCCCAGAUCCUUGCGAAACCGGGACCGUCGGGAGAAAGCCAGAGCCAAGAUUCUCUGCAGGGUCUGCAAAAUAUCAGUUACCAGCAGGGAAACUCAUCACCUGGAGCAAAAAUGUUCAGCUGUGAUAUUUGUGGAGCGGCAUACAGACAUGCUGCAAAUCUAACAUCACACAAGAAAAUACAUUCUGGAGAGACAUUAUGCGCACUUUGUAACAAAGUACUCAGUCGCAAAUCGAACUUCCGAAGACAUAUGAAACUGGUGCAUGGUUGUCCAGGAUUUGAUAGCCCUAACAGUGGCGUUGGGGGAUUCCUGCAACUCUAGUCUGUUGUACUCAGUGUACCCCUUUUACUCUUGUAAAAACAUGUUUUGACCAAAAGAAAGUGUUUAAACAUACUGAAGUGAAUCCAAAAACCAGUACUUCUUUAUUUCAUGUAAUAUGAAAACUAUUUGGUUGUGCUGACUACUGUAGUUGUGACUUCAAAUAUUGCUGGCAUACCUCAGGGGACUGGAGCACAAGCUCUUCAGAAAUCAGUGAAAAUGUAAAGAAAGAAAUACAAACUAAAUACAACAUGGAAAUCAUAAAAAUGAAAGCAGUGUAGAAGAAUAUUAAGAUAUCCAUGAAAAUGAAUAGAGGAGAACUUUGUUCCAAAAAUAGUAUAGGAGUUGGAGAGCCAGAUUAAGACUCCUUUCUCUAAUUCUGCGGGUGAUGAUUUUAUUACUAUACUGCCGAGAGAAAUGUGCUCCACUUUAGCAUACAUGUUAGAUACAUAUAUAGACAGAGAUGGACCACUCAACAUUCUAUUGUGUUGUGAGAAUACAUUCUGGAAAAGAACAGACAAAAAUGAGGAAAUAAAUCUACAGGUGAUUGAAAGACACAGGUAACAUCUCAGCUAAACUGCACUGGCUUUUGAGCUGAGGUAUCACUCUUUUUUCUGGCUGAUCAGAAAUGAGACCAGUGAGAGAUAGAGUCU